UUCUCCUACUCCAUUUUUGUGAGACGGGUGGAGGAGCGCACUCUCGGCGGGGAUACUGUCAGUCCACGCAGCAACAAAGACUUCGAGAACGAGCACUGCGACCCAUUUUCGUUAGAGAAGAGUUAGUAAAGUGUUCUCAGUUAUUUGACAUGGUAGAUUAUCACGCCUCUAAUAAUCAAUCACUUUAUUCGACGGGCGAACCACAAACCUACAUGGAACAGGAGAACGACUGGGACCGGGACCUGCUGCUGGACCCGGCCUGGGAGAAACAGCAACGGAAGACUUUCACAGCCUGGUGUAACUCUCACCUGCGGAAGGCGGGAACGCAAAUCGAAAACAUCGAGGAGGAUUUCAGAGAUGGACUCAAACUAAUGCUUCUUCUAGAGGUCAUCUCAGGGGAGAGAUUACCAAAACCUGAAAGAGGAAAGAUGAGAGUGCACAAGAUUAACAAUGUCAACAAAGCGCUGGACUUCAUCGCCAGCAAAGGAGUCAAACUGGUGUCCAUUGGUGCAGAAGAAAUUGUAGAUGGAAACGCCAAGAUGACUCUGGGAAUGAUCUGGACCAUCAUUCUCCGCUUCGCCAUCCAGGACAUCUCGGUGGAAGAAACCUCCGCUAAAGAAGGACUGUUGCUCUGGUGUCAGAGAAAGACGGCUCCUUACAAGAACGUCAAUGUCCAGAACUUCCAUAUCAGCUGGAAGGAUGGUCUUGCCUUCAAUGCUCUGAUCCAUAGACACAGGCCGGAGCUCAUUGAUUAUGAUAAACUGAGAAAGGAUGACCCAGUGACCAAUCUGAACAAUGCUUUCGAAGUGGCGGAGCGAUACCUUGAUAUCCCCAAAAUGUUGGAUGCAGAGGAUAUCGUGGGCACUCUACGGCCGGAUGAGAAGGCUAUUAUGACCUACGUCUCCUGUUUCUAUCACGCCUUCUCAGGUGCUCAAAAGGCUGAGACAGCAGCCAAUCGUAUCUGCAAGGUGUUGGCGGUCAAUCAGGAGAAUGAGCACCUGAUGGAGGACUAUGAGAAGCUGGCCAGCGAUUUGUUGGAGUGGAUACGUAGGACAAUCCCAUGGUUGGAAAAUCGUGCUCCAGAGAAGACCAUGACAGAAAUGCAGCAGAAAUUGGAAGAUUUCCGUGAUUACCGUCGUGUUCACAAACCACCCAAAGUUCAGGAGAAGUGUCAGCUAGAGAUCAACUUCAACACAUUGCAGACCAAACUCCGCUUGAGCAAUCGACCUGCCUUUAUGCCAUCUGAGGGACGCAUGGUGUCGGACAUUAAUGGGGCAUGGCAUAAAUUGGAAGGGGCAGAGAAAGGCUACGAAGAGUGGCUACUAAAUGAGAUCCGCCGAUUGGAGAGGCUUGACCAUCUUGCAGAAAAGUUCAGACAGAAAGCAGCCAUCCAUGAGAGCUGGACAGAUGGUAAGGAGGCUAUGCUAAAACAGAAGGAUUAUGAGACUGCAACACUGUCUGAGAUUAAAGCUCUCCUGAAGAAGCACGAGGCGUUUGAGAGUGACCUUGCCGCCCACCAGGACAGAGUGGAGCAGAUUGCCGCAAUUGCGCAGGAGCUCAAUGAGCUGGACUACUACGACUCCCAGAGUGUUAAUGCUCGCUGUCAGAAGAUCUGUGAGCAGUGGGAUGCUCUGGGAACCCUAACACAGAAUCGUAGAGAGUCUCUUGAGAGGACAGAGAAACAGCUCGAGUCCAUUGAUGAGCUUUACCUGGAGUACGCCAAGAGAGCGGCACCAUUCAACAACUGGAUGGAGGGGGCAAUGGAGGACCUUCAAGAUAUGUUCAUCGUGCACAACAUAGAGGAGAUCCAGGGACUGAUUACAGCUCAUGAGCAGUUUAAGUCCACUCUUCCAGAAGCGAAUAAAGAGCGGGAAGCGAUUCAGGCAAUCCAGGCUGAAGUUCAGAAAAUCGCUCAGUACAAUGGCAUCAAAUUGGCUGGGAACAAUCCUUACACCACGAUCACCCCUCAGAGCAUUGACAGCAAGUGGGACAAGGUGCAGAAACUGGUUCCUCAACGUGAUCAGGCUCUACAAGAAGAACUCGCACGCCAGCAGUCCAAUGACCAUCUCAGACGGCAGUUUGCAAACCAGGCCAACAUGAUUGGACCAUGGAUACAAAACAAGAUGGAGGAGAUUGGCAGGAUAUCAAUCGAGAUGAACGGAACGCUUGAGGAUCAGCUGACUCACCUGCGUCAGUAUGAGCUAAGCAUCAUCGAAUAUAAACCCAAUAUCGACCAACUGGAGGGAGACCAUCAGCUCAUUCAGGAAGCACUUAUAUUUGACAACAAAUACACUGCUUACACUAUGGAGCACCUGCGUGUUGGCUGGGAGCAACUCCUCACUACAAUUGCUCGCACCAUUAAUGAGAUCGAGAACCAGAUUCUGACUAGAGAUGCUAAAGGCAUCAGCCAGGAGCAGCUUCACGAGUACCGCGCGUCCUUCAAUCACUUCGACAAGGACCACAGUGGUGUCUUAGCAGCCGAGGAGUUCAAGGCUUGUUUGAUCAGUCUGGGUUACGAUGUAGAAAACGACAAGCAGGGUGAGGCUGAAUUUACUCGUAUUAUGGGCAUUGUUGACCCUAACAACAGUGGAGCAGUGACCUUCCAGGCCUUUAUUGACUUCAUGUCGAGAGAAACAACCGACACAGACACUGCAGACCAGGUCAUCGCCUCAUUUAAGAUCCUAGCCGGAGACAAGAACUACAUCACAGCAGUGGAGUUGAGGCGUGAGCUUCCUCCUGACCAGGCAGAGUACUGCAUUGCCCGAAUGGCACCAUACACAGGCCCUGACGCUGUUCCGGGUGCACUUGACUACAUGUCCUUCUCCACCGCCUUGUAUGGGGAGAGCGACCUCUAAGGGCCACCUCCAGAACUCCGGAGCAGCUCUCUCUCCUGCAUCAGUUCUGAUCUCCUCACAGACUAGAUAGAUGAGAGCGCUGGAUGAAGCCACGUCUGUCUUUCUCUCACCCAUCCAGUCCUUAAAGAGAUCAGUGCUACUGAGGAAGAUAUUUAAGAGUGUCGGAAAUGGGACUUAAUAGCACACCUGAGGGGGAGGGGGCAAUGACGUUUGAGGGAAGGGGGUUAUUAUGGCAUUGUGGGAGGAGCAAAUAACUGUUGUUGAAGCGUGCCACACUUUGAGGGAUAACCUUUUGUUUCUGUGUUAAACAUGUCAGUCUUGAUGAGCUUGAGGAAAUGGAGGUGAAAGAUCCUAUAUAGAUCAUAUACAGAAGAAAAGAGAAGUUUAAGAUGUUUUGCAGGUUCAGAGUGUCAAGGAAGUGGUUGAGAGGAUUUGGACUGUGGCCACAGCUCAGGUUCUUUAACCUUGCUUAAUCGCUCCCAUUUUCUCUUAAGAUUACAUAUACACUAUCGAAAGCACUCACGUAUGUUAUUUUUUUAGAUUUCAAGUAAUCACCACCAGCAGUAGCCUGUGACAACACUUGAUGUUAAGCCUUUGGGCUAAACAAAUUAGAAAAAUAUAAAAUCUUGUUUUGGAUGUAUAACUAAUUUUUACUGGAAUUAAGAAAGCUUAAAGAAUCAGCUUUGGAUUCAGUCUAUACCUAGACACCUAACCUGCACCCUAUACCCCCGGUGGGGAGGGCACAAGCGUUUCCAGUUAACAUACUAUUUUCUUUUGUUUUAAUUUUUAGUUGUUUUCUUGCUAGGGUUGACUGGGUGGGAGGUUUUGGUUUGGAGUUGGAAUGUUUUUUUCGUAGAUAGCAAAGCUGUAUAUCGUAGGGAAAUUUAAAAGAAUGACUCAAAGUGUUUUGACAGAGAAUUUUGCCAUCUUAACCCAUUUGCUGAAUCUGUGGAACUCUGAAAAUCUAACCUCAGCGUUUUCCUCUUUUUAUUUCUCCUCUUCAGCAAUUUUGAGUUGGUGGGAUUCCACGCUGUACAUACAUAGUUUUCCAGUACACAGAACUGUCAGACUACCCAUGUUAUAGAGUAAAACAAGAAGUUUCACCCCUGCAGAAUAUUGUAGGCAGGUUUAAGAGCCUGCAGGUCUGCGCUUUGGUUUCUUUUUGGGGUUGAAGUAUGAUACUAAAAUACUUUUCUUUUCUUUUUUUUCCCCCACAUUCAUCAAUACAGUGUUGUCUUAAUGACUCCCAGACUCAAGAAGACAUGUCCCUUAUGGAUUUAUCUGAAAAUUGUAACUAAUAAUUGCAUUAAUCUGUAAUUGUUUCUAAACAAUAUUACUGAAUGUCCGUGUAGGAGCUUCAACACAGCUACUGAAUCGAUCAUAAGGAGUCCAGUAAAUUUUAUAAAGUCAGAAUAAAGUACAGAUGUGUUUGGUAGCUGAAAGUUGCUUUCUCUCUCCCAUUUUUUUUUUUCUUUCCUUUUGUUGUACACUCUAUUUUCUCUUACCACAGGAAGGAACAGGGACCCAAUGGAUGGCUCUGGAGGUUGAGGAGAACUGAAGUCUUAAUGAACAUUCCAUUAUGUCUUAAUUAAAAAUAAAUUACUGUAUAUGAAAUCUAUGCAAUCAUGUAUCCAAUACCAACCAUGCUCAGUAAUAAAGGGCGAGGGUGAUUUGCAAUUGAAAGUGUUGAAUUAAUUCCAGUGAGAACAAAUUAAGGGUAGAGGGGGGAGAUGAGGAUGAGCAUAGAGUUUUCAGAAGAUUUGAAUAGACUUGGACCAAAAGCCUGCUCUUAGUAUCUGCAAAGUUUAAUAAAAGCAGUUGAGAAUUCUGAUUUCUUUUUGUACUCUUUAAUAUCAAACCCUAUCU